AUGUCACACUCCAACUUCAGAGACCGUUGGCUUCCUCUCUUCGUCUUUCCAGCCUUCCUUUCCCUCGCAGUCAACUACAUUUUCGGGCACCUCUUCUCCUCGGGACUCGCAGACGCGCUCACAAAACAAUGCCAGCCAAACUCGACGGUCCCGACGCCGUACCUCUUACCCUAUACCAACAACUCAGACCUGAACUCUGGAAUUUGCGGGGUGGUUGCGUUCUUCCAAGAAGCCAUGUCCGACCGACUAGGCCGAACCUACCUCCUCUACAUGAUCACUAGCGGGUCUAUUUUCGCCAUCUUCCUAUACCUGGAAGCCUCACGAACCCGUCGAAGCGCGCUCAUCGCGUACCCUUCCCUCUGGCUGCUACUCGGCCAAGUUAUAACAAUCGGCGCAACUAUCCCACUCUACUGGCUCACAUUCCUCUUGACCGGUAACAACACAAGGGCAGCAACCAAGGAAGACAAGAAAAUCACUCAAGCACACGCAGAAGCCAUCUUGUUUGCCCUCACCGUCGGUGGGAUAAUACCCUCCUUCGCGAUGAUGCAUUUGCAGGACCCCGAGGUGACCGCCGUAUGGCAAGUCUACCCCCUCAUAAUGGGAUUCGCAGGGACGGUCCACCUCUUCAUUAGGAACCCAAGGAAAAUUUCAGAGUCGGGGUAUACCAUCGUUCAACUCCUUUUGCUGUCCUGCUUCAUGCUAUGCUCUUCGCUCCAUAUUUCCAUGGUCUGGGCAAGGGACUUGGAAUCGCUGAAAGCAAUUUACGUGCCGUCUACACACAUUCCUCAGAAGACGAGGACUGGUCUUAAGACCCUGCACUUCCUGCAAUGGGAUUUCACCAUCGCUAUCGCCUCCACGAUGGUCGCGACGCUGUGGUUUGCAAAGUCUACACGACAUCUUUUGACCAUGGUCGUGUGGUAUGGCGCGGGUACCUUGGUAGUUGGCCCAAGUGCGGCAAUCACCGCCGUCGUUCUGUGGAGGGAAGCGCAGUACCAGUGA